AUGGCGAACCCGGCUGGCCUGCGCUCUCCUCCAACGCCACGUUCCGAGGUAUCCUCACCACGACCAAAGUUCGACGCUGAGCUCUUGAAGGCCUACAUGAAGAAACUAAUGUCGACAACCCUCCAUUCUGCAGUCUGGCCGGAGCCACGGGAACGGGACCGGCGCGUAAAGGAACGCAUGGUCGAAAUACAGAAAACAGGAUUCAAGUAUAUCGUGUUAACUCAGAUUAACGAAAAUCUGGGUCAGGGUGGUCGAGCGGACAUGGUAUGCCACUGGGAAGAUUCGGACGUUGUCGCCCAAGAGGUAUUUUCGAAUGAUUCAGUCAUCUGUAUCUGUAUAGCGUUUGCAGUACGCACCGUCUGA